CUCUAAAUGUUUUGUCCAAGCUAUUAAGAACUGUAAAAAACCCAUUUAACUCUGAAAUAUUGUUAAAUCAAUACGCGAGCAUUGUAAAAGAAACCACAAUGAGCGCAAGACCUCUACAUCUGAGAAAUUUUCCAUACUAUUUUCUCAAAGUGUUAGUUUUCGAUUUCGAGCAAUACUCAGCCGGGAAAGUCCUCUCGUACUUUUGCGCCAUCGUCCACUCCAUCAGCAUUUUCCUCCAAAUGCAUUAUCUCGUCAAAAAUUUCACCAAAGAGACAAUGUUUCAGUAUGGGUGUGUCUUGACUGUUUUAACCUACUGCGUGGUGGCUUUGUUCUUUGCCAUAGCUUCUGGAAACUUUGUCGAAAAACUAGAAUCCGAAAUAAGUAGUUUCGUCUGGCCGUUGGACAUUUGCGGAGAAGACGUGAAAGCAGCAAUUCUAAAACGGGCUUUUUACACCAGUCUUGUCGCCUAUAUAACUAUCAUCGCCUUUCCGAUUUUUUCAGUAAUCAUGUUCCCUGUCUUGGGCGACCAGAGCGACAUGUUCCUCUGUGUUCGAGUUUUUAACGAAUAUUUUACCAAGUGGUCGCAAAUUCCCAUUUCUCUCUACUUUUACAGCUUUCCGGUGAUCGCUUUUUCUGGCAUUCGGUUACCAGGAAUGCUGUUGUACGCAAUUUUAAUAACACACAUCCAGAUGUUUUUGCUGAAUCGGAGAAUUGAGCAAAUCUCGGAACUUUCAAACCAGAGACGCGUUUUUGAAACGCUUUGCUCGUGCAUUGAGCUGCAAGCCAAAUUGAAACGGUUGAUACGAAACGUCUUUCAGUUGGUGUACAUAGCCAUGCCCAUUUUUAUUCUCCUGGGGGCGGUUAGCUCAGUUUUUGUGCUAUUUUUCGUAGUCAAUAGUUUGGAAACUGCAAGUUAUUUUCUUGUCCUUCGGAUGGGCUGUUUUUUCGGUGCUAAUGUUCUGGUUGUGUUUAUUUUUUCACAGUCUGGACAGUCGUUUUCCGAUGAGACUGGGCGCAUUUUUGAUACGCUAGUUAUGUGUUCUUGGUACAAUUGGGACAAAAGAAAUAAAAAAGUUCUCUUGAUGUUUCUAGCAAAUAGUUUGGAACCAAUGAGCAUUACUAUCGCUGGUAUCACACUAGACUACAAGUUUGCACUUGCUAUGCUGAGGACCAGUUGCUCGUAUGCUUUGGUUUUGUACCAAAUGAAAAACUAAGUGAUUUUUUAUUUCGUCUCGUUUGAAACAAUUAUAUUAAUUGUCAACUGGUUUGUUUAGUUUAAAGAGAAAUCAAUGUCAUAUAAUAAAUACAGUGGGGUCCGCUAAUAACGAACUAGAUUUAAGUUCAAAGUAAAAUUUUUCAAAUUCUUUAUUUUUUUAAUUACGCCAAAAUUAUUCGAAAAUGUGAAACUAUUUUGGUCUAAAGCCAUGUAAAAUGAUCCGGGGAAUCGAUUGGCAUUGAGAAAAUUGCCAAAUUGCCAAUAGUUUUUUAGUUAUGAAUUUUUUUAAAUUUUAACAAUUUUUGCAUUUAACAGCAAUUUGUUUGAAAACUAUUAGUCGGAGAACAAUAAUCUUUUUUGAAAAAAAUAGAUACUUUAAAGAGCUUUCCAACGAUAAUACACUUCAUGGGGUUAUAUCUAAUAGUUCCGGAGCUAUUGCUCGAGAAAUGUUCCGGGUACCCAAAACCGACAAAAACUGCGACGAAAAUUGAAAAAAUCAAACAUCAAAAAAUCGAACAUUUGGACUUUUUGUGGACUUUUAACAACUUUUGUGGGUUGUUAAGACAUGUAGAAGUCCAUAAAAAUUUGCUGGAGUUAGUUUAAAAAAAAUUUUUUUUUUCGCCUCUUUGAAGGUAAGUGUAUUGCUCUGGAAAUUUGAGCAAAAAAAUUGAAAAUUUUAAAUCUCUUGAAAAGUUGGUAUAAAACAGAAAAUGAACCGCUGAAUCCAAUGGAACAAACCGCAGUGCUCUACGACUUUUAGUUUUCGAGUUAUGAAUUUUUUUAAUGAAUAAAAUUUUUCACUAUGACAAAUGGCUAGCCUAAAUUUAAGCAAAAAAUUUUUAAUUUUUAAUUCUUGUGAAAAAUCGAUAUAAUAUGUAAAAUGAGCCGUAGAAUUCAACCGAACAAACCGCAAUGCUCUACGACUUUUAGUUUUUUUUUUUAUGAAUUUUUUUAGUGAAAAACUUUGAUCGCCUCUGUAGCCGGAACCGUUGCCCGGAGCGGCUCCGGGUUUGAUCGAAAAAAUAGACAAAAUUAAGCGCUAUCAGAUGGUUUUUUGUUCGUUGCUCUAAGUCUUACAGUUUCCGAGA